GGCGUGUGCGCAGUAGAGUGUUUGGCCUGAACUAGCGAAACAACACAAGCUAGCUAGACAGGCGGCCCCUGCUGCUUAGCUCUCGAUCCUGUUGUUAGGCACCUAUUGAGAGAGCUAGCUGAGCAUUCAAGAUGAUUACUGUUGGGCACCCGGUGGUGUUUGCUGUGGGGAUCCUAGGCAACAUCUUAUCAUUCUUGGUCACCCUUGCACCAGUGCCGACGUUCUACCGUGUUUACAAGAAGAAGUCGACGGAGUCGUUCCAGUCGGUGCCGUACGUGGUGGCUCUGCUGAGCGCAAUGCUGUGGCUCUACUACGCGCUGCUCAGCGUGGACCUCCUCCUCCUCUCCAUCAACACCAUCGCCUGCGUCGUCGAGUCCGUCUACCUCGCCAUCUACCUCACCUACGCGCCCAAGCCCGCGAUGGCUUUCACCCUCAAGCUGCUCUGCACCAUGAACAUGGGGCUCUUCGGGGCCAUGGUCGCCUUCCUGCAGUUCUACGUCGACGGGCAGCGCCGCGUCUCCAUCGCCGGCGGCGUCGGCUCCGCCUUCGCCUUCGCCGUCUUCGUCGCUCCUCUCACCAUCAUCCGGCAAGUGAUCAGGACCAAGAGCGUGGAGUUCAUGCCCUUCUGGCUCUCCUUCUUCCUCACCGUCAGCGCCGUUGCCUGGUUCUUCUACGGCCUCCUCAUGAAAGAUUUCUUCGUCGCGAUGCCGAACGUGCUGGGCCUGCUGUUCGGCCUGGCCCAGAUGGCCCUCUACUUCGUGUACCGGAACCGGAACCCAAAGAAGAACGGCGCCGUGUCGGAGAUGCAGCAGGCAGCGGCGGUGCAGGCCGACGCCGAGAAGGAGCAGCAGCUGCGGCAGGCCGACGCCGAUGCCGACGCCGACGGGAAGGCUGCGACAACCGACGACGACGGGGGCCAGACCGCCGUCGUCGUCGACAUCAUGCCGCCACCGCCACUGCUGCCAGCGGAGAGGGCCCCGCCGCUGCCGCUGCCCCCGCAUCCGGCGAUGGUGAUGACGACCGCGCAUCAGACGGCCGUGGAGGUGGUCUGAUCUAUACAUCGGCAGAGAUUGAUCGAUCGACACACACGCAUGUUCCGGAGCUAGCUACAUGCACGACUGACCUGACUAUGAUUGCUGCUCGAUCAUUCAUUUACUUUGUGCUACUAGUAUAUGUAUGCGUGUUUGACGACCUAUAUGUGUAUCGCGCGCGGCACCACGGUACAAGUAGACGCGUAUAGCUAUAGUAUAUAUAUAGAAGUAAGUACUGUACGUACGAAUGAAUGUCUCCUGUGGUGCCCAUAUAUGCGUAUGUGUACUGUAAGGUCGUGUUAUCUCUUCUACCUAUACACGUCUGUAUCUUAUGCCUGUUGCCUACAUGCGCCUCUAUCGUUCAACU